AUGGAGAAAUACAUUUUACUAUUGAUACAUCUCUUUCUAGUCCAGUAUUUCUCAUUUUCUUUAUCCGCUACUUCCUCAAAUGAAACAGACCUACAAGCUCUACUAGCUUUCCAAAAUUUUAUUACAAAUCCUAGUCAUUUUCUGGCCAGGAAUUGGACCAAGAAUACUUCUUUUUGCUCUUGGUUUGGUGUCACUUGCAGUACAAAAAGGCAAAGAGUUGUGGCCUUGGCUCUUCCUAAUUUGCAACUUCAAGGAACAAUUUCGCCGUCUUUGGCCAAUUUGUCCUUUCUUAGAGAGCUUAAUCUUGGGAACAACAGUUUCCAUGGCGGCAUCCCUUAUGGCAUUGGCCACUUGCCUCACUUGCGAGUGAUUGAUAUUCAAAAUAAUAAGCUAGAAGGAAGUAUUCCGACGACUCUAUUUCAACACCAAAGAGUUCAAAAGAUUUCAUUGGCUUACAAUAAACUCAGUGGUGAAAUGUGGGAAGGGCUAUGGUAUGUACCGGAACUCAGAAUCUUAAAUCUCAUGAACAAUGGCCUCAUGGGUAUAAUCCCUCUUUCUGUUGGAAAUGCCACAAAGUUGUUGUAUUUCAAUUUGUCUAAUAAUAAAGUCAGCGGCAACAUUCCGAAGGCGAUCGGUAAUCUGCGCCAACUUAAAAAGUUGUCCUUGUACAAUAAUCAAUUAACAGGUUCUAUUCCUGCAGUAUUGUUUAACAUCUCUUCGCUUCUUUACUUGUCUCUGACAUUCAACAGUCUUUCCGGUCCUCUCUUGCUUGAUGAAGGGAAUAUUGAGUCAAAUCUAGAGUUGUUAAGUAUAUCUUAUAAUCAAAUUUCCGGUCAAAUUCCUUACAACAUAUGCCAACUCACAGAGCUCAAUGGUCUGUCCAUAUCUAUCAACAAUAUAACUGGAGAAAUACCCAAAAAUAUUGCUUGUUUAUCCAAGCUCGAAAAGUUCUAUAUUGGUGAUAAUCCAAUAAAAGGGACUAUUCCCCCUUCAUUGGGCAAUAUGUCCACUCUGAGAAAUCUUUAUUGUGAAAGCAGCCGCUUGGAGGGGCCAAUUCCUCCAGAAUUGGGGAGGCUAUCAAAUUUGAGGCAAAUUAACUUUGCGAACAAUAAGCUUAAUGGUCAAAUUCCAACGGCUAUUUUCAAUAUUUCUUCUUUGGAACGAAUUGAUUUUAGUUUCAACAACCUCUCGGGGAGAAUUGCAGCCACUACAGGUCUUCAUCUUCCGAACCUUGUUGAACUUUUGUUGGGGAAAAAUCAGAUCAAAGGGGAAAUUCCAUUGUUCAUAACAAAUGCUUCCAAGCUUGAGAACCUGGAACUAGCAGGGAACUUUCUCACAGGACCUAUUCCUACUAAUCUAGGAAAUCUUCGUGAGCUGCGUUUACUGCUCCUACAUACCAAUCAACUUACCAAUGAACCAAGAGAGCAUGAGUUGCGAUUCUUCUAUUCUUUGGCGAACUGUAGGAUGUUGCGAUAUCUUGGAGUGGGUUCCAAUCCAUUGAAUGGAGUUUUUCCCAAUUCAAUUGGGAAUCUUUCAUCUACUAUUGAAUUCUUUGAAAUAGGAGUUACGCACAUCAAUGGCCUCAUUCCCACAAGUAUAGGCAAUAUGAGCGGUCUUAUAUUUCUAUCCUUUGAAGGAAACAACUUGGUGGGAAGUAUUCCUUCUGAUGUUGGUAAGCUUAAACAACUCCAAGGGUUGUUUCUAACUAGCAAUAAUUUGCAGGGACAUAUUCCAGAGGCGAUAUGCCAUUUAUCUAAUUUGGUUCAAUUAUCACUGGAAGAUAAUGAGAUCUUUGGAUUAAUUCCAGCAUGUAUAGGACAUCUUAGCAUGCUACAACAACUCUAUUUGGGUUCUAAUAAAUUUUCAUCAAACUUUCCCUUGAGCCUUUGGAAAAUGAGAGGUUUGCUCUUUCUAAGCGUGUCGCGAAAUUCUAUAGACGGAGAAGUUCCAUCAGAUAUUGGAGAACUGAAAACCAUUGUAGAUUUAGAUCUUUCUGUUAAUCACUUUUCAGGAAUGAUACCAAGCAGAUUAGGGGAACUCCAAAACCUGAAGUCUCUUAACCUAUCGAACAAUUCAAUUUCAGGCCCAAUUCCUUUAUCCUUUGCCAACUUAAUAAGCUUGGAAAUCUUGGAUUUGUCUAUAAAUGCCUUGUCAGGUGGUAUUCAUAGGUCAUUGGAAAAACUCUUGUACCUUAAAAACAUUAAUGUCUCAUUUAAUGAUUUCAAAGGCGAAAUACCCAGUGGUGGUGUGUUUGCAAAUUCCACUCCACAAUCUUUCCUAGGGAAUAGAGGUCUAUGUGGAAUGCACAUAUUGGAGGUUCCUGCUUGCGCAAUCACUAACCCUGAACAACGAUCAAAGUCUAAGGAGUUUGUGCUAAGAGUUGUUACUCCAGUGGUUAUUUCAUCCGUUAUGAUAUGCUUGUUGGUCUCAAUUUGGAUAAUGAAACAAAAGAAGAAUGGUAAGUCCAAAGAUGUUGAAAAGGUUCUGGAGAUGAAGACUUAUCCAUUCAUUUCUUAUCAUGAGAUUCAACGAGCAACAAAUAAUUUUGAUGGAUCAAAUUUAAUUGGUGUGGGAAGCUCUGGCUCUGUGUACAAAGGCACAUUAUCUAGUGGAACUGUGAUGGCCGUAAAAGUUCUGGAUUUGGAAAAUGAAGAAGUAUGCAAGAGGUUUGAUACUGAAUGUGAAGUGAUAAGAAAUGUCAGGCACAGAAAUCUUAUACCGGUGAUUACUACUUGUUCUAGUGAAUAUAUAAGAGCCUUUGUUCUGCGGUAUAUGCCCAAUGGAAGUCUUGAUAAUUGGUUGUACAAAGAAGAGUCUCACUUGAACCUUCUUCAAAGAGUCGCCAUAAUGCUUGAUGUGGCUGUGGCGAUUGAAUAUCUACAUCAUGGUCAUGUCACUCCAAUAGUUCAUUGUGACCUAAAGCCAUCCAAUGUUCUUUUGGAUGAAGAAAUGGUGGCGCAUGUUGGUGAUUUCAGUAUCUCUAAAAUUUUAGCUGUAAGCAAGUCCACGGCACACACCGAGACGUUGGGCACUCUUGGAUAUAUUGCACCAGAAUAUGGCUCGGAGGGAAGAGUGUCCAUUAGUGCUGAUGUUUACAGCUAUGGCAUCAUGCUAAUGGAGGUUUUGGCAAAAAGAAGGCCAACUGAUGAAGCGAUACACAAUGAAAAUCUUGGCUUGAGGGAGUGGAUAAGAUGUGCAUUUCCAAGGAGCAUGAUGGAAGUUGUGGAUGCUAGCCUUUUUCAUGAAAAAGAACAGAUCACAUCCAAAAGUGAAGUCUGCAUAGCCUCCAUGAUAGAAUUGGCUUUGGACUGCACAGAGAAAAAGUCAGAAUCAAGAAUAACCAUGAAAGAUCCAGUGCUUGAGGAUAUAGCUAAUACAGCAAAUGUGCAUAAGAAAAUGCAAUGUCACAUCCGAUCUCCAGGUGAACAGCUCCCAGUCAGCUCCAUUUCUUUCAAGAGAAGUCACCAUCCCUUCUUAAAAAAGAUCACCAUGGAAGAUUUGACUGUGUUGAUGUCUGACUAUGAUAAUCAGUCAGACACUUUUGGAAUGCCUUUCUUACCGUUUCCUGAAGAUGUAAUGAGCUGGAAUGGUUCUGAUAGCCUCAUUGUUGUGUUCCUGCAUAUGUAA